ACAUCAAGGAUAUGCUGCAGACUCAAAGCAGAGAGCAAGACACAUCCGAGCUUAGCUUAGUCAACUAAGAAAUCCUUCAUGGAUCUGACAGAACAGAUCAACCAGUUGGAGGCAGAUUUGCAGGAGCUGGGGUCACUCUUGGAGAAGGCAGAGAGGAAGAGAGUGCAGGAGCUGCUAAAGCAGGAGCAGAGUAAAGUGGAGAAGGAGCUUGCAAUCAAACGACAGCAGAAGGAGAAACAAGCCAGGAGAGAGGCAGACCCAUCUGCUGCCUCAAAAGCAGCGUACACAGUCAAGAUCACCAACUAUGCGUGGGACCAGUCAGAGAAAUUUGUCAAAAUUUACCUCACACUGAAGGAUGUGCACAAAAUUCCAUCAGAAAAUGUGGAGGUCAACUUUACAGAGAAGUCAUUUUCUGUGUUGGUAAGAGAUCUCAGUGGGAAGAACCAUCAGAUGACAAUUCUCAACAUGUUGUAUCCAAUCGACGAAAAGGAAAGCUACAAAAAGAUAAAAACAGACAUGGUCCUGGUCAUGUGCAAGAAGCAGUCAACAAAGAAGUGGGAGUGCCUAACAACAGUGGAGAAGCAGUCUAAAGAGAAAGAUAAACCCAGUGUUGAUGAGAAUGCAGACCCCAGCGAUGGCCUGAUGAGCAUGCUGAAGAAGAUUUACUCAGAGGGAGACGAUGAGAUGAAGAGAACCAUCAACAAAGCCUGGUCAGAGUCCCAAGAGAAGAAAAUUCGAGGGGAGGACAUGAUGGACUUCUGAAUGCACUCACUGCGUGUCCAUAGCAGGACCAAGUGCAAGCUGCCAGGGAAGCACCUGACAUGACUUGAAUAUUAAAGGUUAUGGGGUGAAACUUAAGUCCUAUAUGUAAAUCAUAUUUCCACCAAAUACAGACAUUCAGUGUACAGCUCAUAAAUAAUGUUUUGGGAGUAACGUCUAAGCUCUGGAUGGCCUAAUUGAGGCCCUGCUGUCCUAAUAGUCAUGAGAUAUAAGGCAGACCUUUCAAUAAGUCGCACGGAAACGCCUUUAAAAAACAUCGGGGCAGUGUCCAGCAGAUGGCAACCUUAACACAGCAGUGAGAUGUAAAGGGUUAAAGGACCACAAUGUAGUUGUUUUCUUUGAGAUUAAUGUCUAUUAGUUAAUUCAUAUCUUAAAUUGGACCAGGGUGAAUUUAAUAUGUGAGACAUGUUCUGUAGAGUCACAUCCUAAGAUUGCUCUUGUGCAGAAUGAGAUGUUUCCAAUUGUAGAUUUUCCAAAGUCAUGCGCUCAUAUAUGAGACAACUCCUUUUUACGUCAUCAUAUCAGCCUUUAUUUCUCAUUCCAGAAAAAGCUCAGAUGAUAGCUGCAAAGCCGUCAUUGCUCAUGCAUCGGUCCAAUGUAAUAAUGAACAUUGCUUCAUAGGUCUGUGCUUGAUAUUUAAUGCAAUUUACUCAUUCCUGUUGCAUAGUGUAAUGCUUGAAAACGCAUUAUUUGUUAAUCCCUAAUGUGACUAUUUUCAUAGUAUCACCAGUUUCUAACAAUAAUUCCUGUUGGCAGUAGCACUGAAGAUGCCUAGAUCCCUUCAGCAUUUGUGAAUAUCUAAAAUUUGUGUUUCAGAUGUGCUGAUUAUUUUACUUUGAGUAUUUUUGUCAUACAUGUAUUGUUGUGCGCCCUCAGGUUGUUCAUGAAGUUCUUACAAAUACAGAUCUUGAUCUGA